GGGGCGCCGAACUUCGCCAUCUGGAUUCAACAAGCAAACCAAAGUUGAAAUUGUAGUUGCUUUAAAGUGACAGUGACCCGCAUAUGUUAUUAUUGACUGAUAAAACGCGAUAAGAACAGUUGCCCGAGUGGAAAUCGACAUUGUAUCGGCAAAGCGGAAGAGACGCCACGGGCGUGGCUGACCAGCUAAACAUUACUCAUAGCCGGCAUCCCAACUGUCAAUCUGACGUAGUAAUCGGCAAGUGGACAACAAUGGUAGCGUAGAUCCGAACCGGUGUUUUCGACAAUGAGUGCCAACAAUGUGAAUGCUCAACCUGCCCCUACCACGCAGGCGACUGCUACCAUCAAGUCCAGACCCAACAUCAUGCCCAGCAGUUACCUGUACACCUCGAGUAGCGCCCUUCUGAAUCGCAACUCCGAGAACAAACCCACGCCGCCGCCCACUCUGCCCAAGUACACCUCCAGCUUCAACGCGGGCAGCGGCCUGAACAGGGACCGGGACAAGGACAGCAUCGGGGGCUCCUACAGGCUUUCGAGUUUAGACAGGCUCGCGAUGCGCCAGAAGUUCAUGGACCAGCAGAGCCCCACGAACGCGAGUUCGAACGGGACGAUGUCGCAAACCAACGGUAGUGAAUCCAGUUCGAUACAAACGAAGCGGGAGAUGUUUUUCAAUUCAACUGAAACGUCCAUUGCCAAGGACUCGAACCGGAUCAAUAAAAUUUCGAUGGAGAAGCCGCCGGAACCUCCGGUCAAAUCGUCGCCUCCAGAAACCAAAGAAGACACCAGUAAGGAGUCCACUCCCGAGAUCAUCAAAGAGAGGCCUAAACUGAAGGAACUCGACGGCUACGUGGGCUUUGCUAACUUGCCGAAUCAAGUGUAUCGAAAAGCUGUGAAAAAGGGGUUCGAGUUCACACUCAUGGUAGUGGGAGAGUCGGGCCUUGGCAAAUCCACUUUAAUUAAUUCCAUGUUUUUGACUGAAAUCUAUAAUUCCACUGAUUAUCCGGGACCCACUCAAAGACUUAAAAAGACUGUGGCUGUCGAAACCACCAGAGUUAUGCUCAAAGAAAACGGCGUAAAUCUGCUCUUAACAAUGGUCGAUACUCCCGGUUUUGGGGACGCUGUCGACAACAGCAACUGUUGGGCCCCAAUAAUUGAAUACAUUGAAUCCAAAUAUGAAGACUAUUUAAAUUCCGAAGCGAGAGUUACAAGAAAACAAAUCCCAGAUCAAAGAAUACAUUGUUGUUUAUACUUUAUCCAACCAUCUGGUCACGGACUGAAAUCUUUGGACAUUGAAUUCAUGAAACGUUUAUGUGAUAAAGUAAACAUUAUACCAAUCAUCGCGAAAGCGGACACCCUGACGUCCGACGAGUGUGCGCUAUUUAAAAAACAAAUACUAAACGAAAUAGCACAACAUAAAAUCAAAAUCUACGAAUUUCCGGAUACUUCAGAGGAGGAUGAAGAACACAAAUUGAACAAAUCGUUAAAAGAGCGAGUACCUUUUGCCGUAGUGGGUUCGAAUACAGUGAUAGAAGUCGACGGGAAAAAAGUUAGAGGACGCAAAUACCCUUGGGGUAUCGCCGAAGUGGAAAAUCUGGAGCACUGUGACUUCAUCGCUCUAAGAAACAUGAUUAUACGCACACAUCUGCAAGAUCUGAAGGACGUAACGAACAAUGUCCAUUACGAAAAUUACAGAUGUCGCAAAUUGGCCGGUCUGGGGGUGGACGGAAAACCGUCGCGUAUUUCGAACAAAAAUCCAUUGGCACAAAUGGAUGAAGAAAAGCGCGAACAUGAUCUCAAGAUGAAGAAAAUGGAAGCGGAAAUGGAGCAAGUGUUUGAAAUGAAGGUUCGUGAAAAGAAACAGAAAUUGAAGGAUAGCGAAGCCGAACUGACGAGGCGGCACGAAGCGACGAAAAAACAACUGGAGCAACAAGCCAAGGAGCUGGAAGAGAAGAGGCGGCAAUUUGAAUCAGAGAAAGAAAACUGGGAAAAGGAGAACCAGAUCACUGUGGAGGAACUGAGGAGGAGAUCUCUUGAAGGCAGUAGAGAAGCCGUUGACGGCAAGAAAGAAAAGAAGAAGAAGGGACUUUUCUAACACUGAAUUGUAUGGUUUUGGUGUGGUACCUUCUAUAACAUUCAUGGUAAUUUUUUUAUUGUAAGUGACGUAAACGGCAGAGUAUAGUUUCGAAUAGUGAGACAUUAAACACUCCUGCAAUAGUUUGAGAAAUUAUUGUUUUGAAUUUUUCACUAACUGCCAUUAUGAUAGCGUAACUGUCUACGUGCCGAUUUAAUAUUUUUUACCAUGAUUAAAUUGUGAGCUGUUUAGAUCGUACAGUACUUUUAAGAGAUAUAAAUGGGAAUUAUUUAACUUAUAUAAAUAAAAAAAUAAUUAUUUAAAGAGAAAAGUGUCUUUUCAUGACAUUUUGCUUUGACGCAAUGUGCCAUUAUUUUUUAUUAAUUUUAUUUACAAUGUAUUAUCUGUAAAAAUAAAUUCUUUUCAGACAUAAA